GAGAUGUCGGAGUACGAUGAGCGUAACAACUGUUUGUCAAAUAUGUAUUUACCAAGUUGUACAUAUUACGUUUCGGCGCCUGAUUUUUCAUCAAUCUCCUCGUUUUUACCCAAGACUACUUCGUGUCAAAAUAAUUGUCCGUAUUCUUCCAACAUAGCUCAAGUCCGACCUGUUCGAGGAGUGGCUUUCAGGGACUAUGGACUGGAUCACCCAAGCAAAUGGCAUUACAGGGGAAAUUACGCUUCUUACUACUCAACGGAGGAGAUAAUGCACCGAGACUUAAUCCAGUCAUCGAACAUGGCGGAAAUUAUAUUAAAAAAUGAUUCCUUGUACGGGCAUCACGGUGGUAUGAACUCGCCAUGCAAUUUAUUCACCAAUGUCGGCCGAAAUGGGGUUCUUCCACAAGGGUUCGAUCAGUUCUUCCAGACUGUUAACUCUGAAAAGCCCAACUCUGGGCCCGAACACUCAAAUCAGAAGGCAGACUCCAGUCUCCCCGGAGAUGCUGCAUGUAAUAAACAGACUUCAGACUCAACUGAGGACAUAGACGAACAUGAUUCUUCUAUAUCAAACUGCCCCGGGGACAAGAACAACAGCCCAAGUUCUUCAAAGUCCAGGAAAAAGAGAUGCCCCUACUCCAAAUUCCAGAUCCGAGAACUUGAACGAGAAUUCUUUUUCAAUGUGUACAUAAACAAGGAGAAGCGGCUCCAGAUGACAAGGAAGUUAAACCUGACAGAUCGACAGGUGAAGAUUUGGUUCCAGAACAGAAGAAUGAAAGAGAAAAAGCUCAACCGGGACCGGUUUCGGUAUUUCACUGGAAAUCCUUUAUUCUAAUCUUUUUCAUUUAGAGGAGCCAUAAGAGCUUCACAAC